UUGCUGUUUGAUUAAAGUGAUAUAUAUUCUACUGGGAAGAUAUUAAAUAUAAAUGAAAAUGUCUAACACAAUCGACAUAGAAAUUAUCCUAAAUGCGUACAUUGCGAACAUCUCUAAAAAAUCUAUUAUCGACGUUGUCCAGUGCUAUUUGGAAAAAAACAAUGUCCGUCCUAACAGCGUGAUAAGUAAUUUUGAUCACCCUAUCCUUCACAAUGAUGUUAAAACUAUAAUCGUUGGAGACACCCCUAAUUACACUAAGGCGUUUAUAGACUUUAAUACAUUGGAAGUAAAAUGGUAUGUUUACAACUUGGACAACUAUGGCCCUAUGACACAUAGUGAAACCGAUGCAAACGAUGAAGAACUUGUGUUAGCAACACACUUGUCUCUGCCUUCGGCCAGUCUUAUAAAUCUAUGGGAAAAUUUAUAUUACGAUAACAACGUAAAACUAAACUUAUUGAAAUAUUCCCAAACCAUGAUGGAAUUCUCCGACAAAGGAGUGGAUUGCAACGUUGUUAGUUGCAAUAGAGUUAUCUUAUUGCAUGGGCCCCCAGGCACUGGGAAAACCUCUCUGUGUAAAGCAUUGGCACAUAAGUUAACAAUCAGAAUGAGUGAAAGGUUCACGUCUGGACUUUUGAUUGAAAUAAACAGUCACAGCUUGUUUUCAAAGUGGUUUUCUGAGAGUGGUAAACUUGUUACAAAGAUGUUUACUAAGAUCAAAGAGAUCCUUGAAGACAACAACAUAUUAGUCUGUGUUUUAAUCGAUGAGGUAGAAUCAUUAGCACAUGCUCGAGACCAGUGUGUUUCUGGUAAUGAACCCUCAGAUUCAAUUCGUGUAGUAAAUGCAGUUUUAACACAGGUAGAUCAAAUAAAAUUAUAUCCCAACGUUUUGAUAUUAGCUACUUCGAACAUGACGGAGACUAUUGACAUCGCUUUUGUCGACAGAGCCGAUAUUAAGCAAUAUUUAGGCAAUCCAUCUGGACCGGCUAUUUAUAAAAUUUAUUAUUCUUGUAUCCAGGAGUUAUUUAAGGCACAGAUAAUUCGUGAGCAAGCAUUGGAGCCUAUAGAAAGUUUAGUAAGUGGCCAGGACACUGAAUUUAUCGAAGAAUCUAGGCAACUGUUGAGAGUUUGCGAGAAGAGCUUGGGUCUGAGCGGGAGAUCUUUAAGAAAAAUACCGUUUUUAGCACACGCUCUGUUUAUAGAUAAAUCGCUAGUGACUCUAACGGAGUUUUUAGUAGCUAUGGAGAAGGCUGUGGAAAACGAACAUGCAGAACGACACUAUUUUAAGAAUUUCAAGGUAGAGAAGUAACAAAAAUAUUUAGUGUUUGAUAAU